AUGUCUUAUCCCGAAUCUGAGUUGAACAGUUCGAUCGUGGACGCGGAACCCGUCCCUGAGACCCCUCCCACAUCGGGAGAGGCCAUUUCCGAGUCAAACGGUGCAGAAACUGCAGCGGACGAACCUGUUGCCCAAAAACCACUACCAACUAAAAAGGACUUCCCUACUUUGGGUUCUGGUGCGUUUUUGGCCGCUUCUAGUAAAGUUUCGUGGGGCCCCAACAUGAAGUCUGGUGCGUCUACCUCGUCGUCUGCUGUCACGUCCGCUCCACAAUCGCGCUCCACCACUCCAACUGCGCUACACGCCAAACCGGCUCGUUCGCAAACUAUCCAGGAGGCCUUUUCGCUAGAUUUGCAAUCGCAAGUGGCAAUCGCCAAGCCAGAUUUUUCCAAAAUCGUUCAAAAAGUCAAGCAAACUCAAAGCGUUUCUAUCGAGUCUACUUUGUCCAAACAAAGUCGUACUUUUUUGAUUUCUGGUAAACCCGAAAAUGUGAAGGCUGCAAGAAGGGAAAUCGUCAAGAAAUUGACGAAACCCGUCACUGCCGUUCUGCAGGUGCCUUCCAAGACAAGAUCCGUCAUCAUUGGAGCUGGUGGUAAAACUAUUCGUUCGAUUUCAGAACCAUUGGAGGUCAGAAUUGAUAUUGGGAAAGAAUUGAACGAGGGAUCUUACGACGAGGAUCUGGAUGAUUCGUUGGUGGAUGUUACAAUUCAUGGCGAUCUAGAAUCCGUUAGAAUUGCUCAAGAAAAGAUUCAAGCAAUUGUCAAAGAAGACAACAAGAGCGCCGCCAUCAAAGUUAACAUUGCUGACAAGAACUUGACGCCUUUCAUCAACCUCAAGUUCAUAAACCAAAAUGUUGCGUCCAAGAUCGAUGAACAAGAGGGCAAGAUCCAGCUUUCUGGUUUGCGGGAUGAUGUGCUCUCUGCCAAAGCUUCCGUUUUGCAGUACCUGUCGGAACUGAGCUCCCAGAUCAGAACACUUAAGGUGAAUAUCCCAACUAAAUUUCAGUUCUUGAUCAACAGUGAUUUGAUCAAGGAGAACUACAAUGUUAUUGUCAAGCUGUCUGAAGGUAGUGGUGAGGAAGUUGCAUUCGUGGGUGCAGCAUCGAAAUUGGACGAGGCUGUCACCUUCGCUAGGGAAAGCUCAAAGAAAUACAAGGUUGAAGCUUUGGAGAUCUCAAAGGCUCACGGCAAAGAUUUGCAACAUGCCAAGAACAUUGCUCUUUACUUCGCAAAGUAUGACGUUUUGGGACCUAUCAAAAAAGAGCACUCAGACGUGCGCAUUGCAUUACCUUCCCCACAAGAGUUGCAAGAAGCGGAAUCCGUCCUAAUUAGGAUCUCCUCAACUGUUGAGCAUGCUGAACUACUCAAAAUCGUUCGCAAAGAGAUUAUCAAUCUUGUGAAUGAGCUGCCAACUUCUCAGAUCUUGACCAUAGACGACGUGGACUACGAGUUGUUUAGCAAAGACAUUAAGCAUUUGCUAACGCAGGAAGAAAAGAGGGCUGGAUUUGUUCAGUUCGGUGACUUUUACGCAGAUGACGAUAGAAUUAUCAUUGUUGCGAGAACCUCAGACGAGGACUUUAGACCUUCCGACGAGGAGUUGCAGCAGACACUUAAAGAAGUCAGUUCCAGUCUUGAUUCCUUGCGCAGAAAACAGGAAAAUCUAUCCCAGGAAGUAAUCGAUAUUCCUUAUCCAAAGCAGGAGCAAUAUUUAGGACAAGGAACUUUCACGCGCGGACUGAUUGAAGAAGAGAUUGCGCUUCAAAGCGGACAUGCACAAUUCAAACUGCAUCGCCCCAAGGCCGAUCUCCUCACUGUUAGAGGUGAUUCAAAGGCUGUCACUGCCACAAUCAAUGCGAUUGAAUCUAUCUUAAGCGAAGAAGACGAGAAGUUUCAAAUCAAGUUCGGUGUCUCUACAAAUGCUGUUCCAAGACUAAUUGGAUCGAAAGGCUCAAACCUGAACGCCAUAAGAGAGAAGUACCAAUGCAACAUCGAUGUUGCUGCGGAUUCAAAUGACAACGUCACUGAGGUUACUGUGGUAGGGUUGAAGUACGCUGCGGAACACGCCAAAACUUAUUUGGUCGCUGAAUCCAAGAAAUGGGCCGAUGUUGUCACCAAAGAGCUAAAUGUUUUACCAAAAUUCCGUGGUAAGUUGAUUGGCUCGCAAGGUGCCUAUCGUACACGUCUACAAACAAAAUACAAUGUUUUCAUUCAUUUUCCUAGCGAAAACGAAACCAAGGGCGUUACUAUCAACGGUCCUUCGCGCGGGGUCGCCAAGGCCUACGACGAACUCAAAGCGUUAUUAGACUUCGAAAUUGAAAACGGGCACACAUCAAUCAUUAAAGUUCCAACUGAACAUGUAGCUCGUGUCAUUGGUAAGGGUGGUGAUAUGAUCAAUGACAUCAGAGCUGAUUUUGGCGUGGAGCUGGACUUUCUUCAAAAAACUACCGAUGUCAAAGCUACUUCCACUGGUGAGGUAGAGCUCGAAAUCACCGGGUCAAGACAGGCCAUCAAGGGUGCCACCGAAAGAGUUCAGGCCAUUGUAAAGGAGGCUGCCGACAUUGAAAGUCAAUCGUUCGAAGUUAACCCUGAUUAUAUCAAGGACAUUGUUGGUAGUGGUGGCCGUGUGCUAAAGGAGCUAAUUUCCAAGGCAGGAGGUGACGACAUUAGAAGCAAGUCGGUGGACAUUCCCGAUGCUAAAUCUCAGGACAAGAAAAUUGUGGUACAAGGUCCUAAGUCUUUUGUAAAGGCUCUCGUGAAAGAAAUUCAGGCCAUUGUUGAGGAAAGAGAAAACUCGGUUUCGAAAGAGUUGAAUAUUCCUGCUGAAAGAAUCGGCGCAUUGAUCGGUCCUGGAGGCUCCGUGCGCCGCCAAUUAGAGAACGAGUUCCAUGUUAGAUUGUCGCUUCCUGAUAUUGGCGACAAAGAUCGCAAAGUAGAAAUCUCAGGUCUUCCUAAGAGCAUCGAAGCAUGCGAAAAGAAGAUUUAUUCUGAGAUCAUCAGAGAAAACUGGGACGCUGAAAUUGACGUACCCGCCUCUUAUCACGAAUUUGUCUCUGAGAGAGGAGCUUUUAUUCAAAAAUUGAGAUCUGACUUUUCUGUCAAUGUCAAGUUUGGCAAUGCUAAUAGCAAAGCCAGCAAGCUAGCUCGUUCUGAUCUGUCAAUUCCUGUCGAACGUGUUUCGGGCUCCGAAGAGGAAACUUUAAAAUUCACUCAGGAACAAAAGCCAAUUCAGUUGAACGAAGCUCAAGGUUCGAUCCCAUGGAGAUUAUCUUACGAACCUGUUGAUCUAUCUGACAUUCUGACACCAGAGGAGCAAGCGAAUGAGAAUCAACCUAAGAAAGAAGAUGUUUUGACCAAGGUUCGCGGAUUGAUAGAAGCACGCAUCAAUCUUGCUCCAAAGGCCUCUGUUGUUGGUUACGUGUGGUCUAAAAAUUCACAAGAUUUCAGAAAAGUUGUGGGUUCUAUGGGUUCCAACAUAAAGAAGAUCAGAGAAGCUACGGACACUUUGAUCAACGUUCCUAAAAAGACUGACAAAGUCCCAGAUGUCAUUUUUAUUAGAGGUACCGAAGCCGGUGUCACUAAGGCUGCCGACUUGAUCACCAAAAAGUUGAAGAACUAA